AUGGAACAUAUAUUUUUGAUUCUUCUACUGUUUAGUAAGGCAUUAUCAGUUGGAGCUCAGUUCAAUGGAUUCAACUGUGAUGCCAACUUUCACAGCCGCUUCCCUGCGGAGAGGGAUAUUAGUGUGUACUGCGGGGUGCAGACCAUCACCCUUAAGAUCAACUUCUGCCCUGUCCUCUUCUCCGGCUACACCGACACCGACCUGGCCCUCAACGGUCGCCAUGGAGACGCCCAUUGCCGCGGAUUCAUCAAUAACAACACCUUCCCCACCGUUGUGCUCUUUAGUAUCAGCCUGGCAACACUGGAAGCCUGUGGCAACUCCCUAGUGGUUUCCACAGCUCAAGGACCCAACGCAUAUGGGAACCUGUCGCUGGUGCAGAUUGGAAACAUAUCAGGGUACAUCGAUACACCAGAUCCUCCCACCAUCAUCAGCUACCUGCCAGGGCUGCUGUACAAGUUCAGCUGCAGUUAUCCUCUGGAGUAUCUGGUCAACAACACACAGCUGGCCUCGUCGGCUGCCGCAAUCUCAGUGAAGGAUAGCAAUGGCACCUUUGUCAGCACAUUGAGCCUGCUGCUUUACAACGACUCGUCGUACGUUCAGCAGUUAUCCAUCCCCAUGGCUGGACUCACACUGAAGACACGGGUGUUUGCAGCCGUAAAGGCCACCAACCUGGAUCGGAGAUGGAACGUUCUCAUGGACUACUGCUACACCACUCCCUCUGGAAACCCCAAUGAUGACCUCCGCUACGACCUUUUCUUUAGCUGUGAAAAAGACCCGCAGACCACUGUGUUUGAGAAUGGGAAGAGCCAAAUGGGCCGCUUUGCCUUUGAAGUAUUCCGCUUUGUAAAGCACAAGAACCAGAAGAUGUCCACCGUCUUCCUGCACUGUGUCACCAAGCUGUGUCGAGCAGACGACUGCCCGAUGCUCAUGCCGAUCUGUGGCAGCAGAAAAAAGAGAGACAUCUCAGAGGGGAAGGAGUCAAACGCGGUAUCUGGAAACGCCGUCAUUACUGCCGGUCCUAUCAUCACUCGGAGUGAUGAAACGCCAACUAACAACUCUCAACUGGCCCAGCUGAAGGCUCCUGCGUUCCAGAUGAACACGGUGACCAGCGCGCUCAUCUCAGGCCUCAUCAUUCUGGGCGUCAUGAGCGUCUGCUUCUUCAUCUUCUCCCUCACCCUCCUCAAAGGCAAAAGCUCCACGGCCGGCGGCCUCUCGGGCGUUCGCAACCCGGCCUUCAGCUGA